AUGAUUGCGCGGAUUUACCGAUCUUUCUUCUACGUCGGAUUGCUAUAUUCAGUGAUCAUUGCGCUUCUCACAAUCCCAGCCGUCCAAAGACAUGCUACAUUCAAGCACGCGCUUAGAUUCCCAUUCUACACGAAGUAUGACCUACCCGAGAAAUACGGUCUAGCUCCUGGCAAAACUUUGAAUACGUACUUCACCACCCCAGAUAACUGUACACUUGGCGCCUGGUUCGCCCUCGCGGAUCCAUCUACUGUGAUUGAUGCCAUAAAGACACACCCAACGGCCCUUAUUUUGCAUGGCGCGGCCGGAACGCGGGCAGCCUCGUUCCGUGUCGACAUGUACCGCGGCUUCACCUCGCGACUGCAAGCUAACGUCUUCGCGCCUAACUACCGCGGCUUCGGCGACAGCACAGGAAGCCCUGACGGCCCCGGUCUCGAACUAGAUACGUACACGUCGUGGAAAUGGCUGCUGGAGCGCGGCGCACGACCGGAGGACAUCGUCAUUGUGGGGCACAGUCUCGGCACGGGCAUCGCGGGCCAGCUCGCGAAGCGUCUCGCAGCUGAGGAUCUCCGUCCGAGGGGCAUCGUGCUCCUCGCACCGUUCUCCAGCGUGAGUCGACUCAUUGAGUCGUACGACCUCUGGGGCAUCCCGAUCCUGCAGCCACUGCAAAGCUUCCCGUGGGGUCUCAAGCUUCUGAAGCACAUAGCCCGCAUCGAAUUCGACACGUUAGCUGCGAUACAGGACUUCAACGCUCCGACGCUCAUUGCUCACGCACAAGACGACACGGAAGUUCCCCACGCGCACUCAAAGACACUCAUCGACGCUCUCCUCGAACCACUGCUUCCCGGGGCGAUCAUCCAACUUCCAAACGCACCGGGAAAGACGCUGACCACAGAAGAGUUCUUCGCGUUCCGCAAGCAGCAGGAAGAGCGCAACCUCAAGCGUGGUCAGAUCGUUAAGACAACGGAUGUCCUAAAUUUUGGGAUGAUCGAGGAGUUCAAGGGUCUCCGUGCGCCGAUCACCUACGUCGAGACGUUCUGGGGCUCGCAUGGGGAUAUUGGAGCACAGGAAGGUGUGCAGGACCAGAUGGCUAAGUUAUUUGGACUGGGUAUCUACCGCGCUGAGUAUGAGCGUGAGAGCGAUUCCGUGGUGGAUCGAGUUCUGCAUCAUUUAGUGGAAUGA